AUUGAUUCAGUGCUACCAAUAUCACUAAAUUAUUAUAAAAUAUUUCUAUAUGAUCAGAACCGCAUCUCGUGUUUUUCUAAAUAUUUAUAAUAAUACAAAAUGAAAAUAACAUCAGUAAUGUUAUAGUUUUUGUACAAAUACUGAAAAUAAGUGAAAUAUUAAUGAUACUCAGGUGAAUUCAGUUUCUCCAUCUUGGAAUACAUUGGUUGGCAACAUGGCGACGCCAAACAGAAGAUGAACGAUUUUGAUUUCAUAUGUAUGUGACAAGUAACAAAAUUGUGGAUAUUCUUCCAAAUAUAAACAAGUAUUGAACCUCUUUUGAUUGAUGGACAUUUUUCCUAAAAUGAGUGAAGAUUUUUAUACUAAUUACAAAGACGGUGAUAUCGUCUGGGUAAAAUUAGGCCCCAGCUGGUGGCCAGGUGAAGUCAAAGACUUGAAUAACAUCCCCACUGAUGAGAUAGAAUUUAAAAAACCACCUCUAGUUGUAGUGAAGUUCUUUGAAGAAGACACAUAUGAAUAUGUCAGGAGCUGGGCUAACAUAUAUCCAUACAACUCUGACAAAAAAGUGGAAUUCAUCAAAAAAGGAAUGUCUGCUUUUCACUCCAAAGCUUCUCAUAUGGAAAAAUUUCCAAAAGACGUGGUUACUGCAGAAGUGAAAACAGGAGGCAAUCCUAAUAUAUUGAGUGAUCCUGCGUAUCGACCUGAAGUGAAAAGACAUUAUACAGUUGAAGUAUCUGGAUCUCAAAAUACAAAGAAGAAAACAAGUAAAGAGAGCAAAAAAAGCAAAAGUCAAUAUCACCGAGAUACCUCCCAUAUUACUCACCGAAGAUUCCUUGGAUGCGAUGACUACAAAGCAUAUAUUUGUAUACAAUACCCCGGAAAAGAUCGUACUCCAGGUGAUAGUGAAGAUGAAGAAGUGAUUCGGAUUAACACAGAACCAGAACACGAAUAUAAUUGCCAUUCAUGUUCUUACAGUACAAAACGUCUUGAGGUUAUGAUAUUACACACUAAGUCGCACAUCCAAGGCAAUUAUGUGUCUAGUCCAAAAAGAAAACGACCCGUGAUUCCCAAACCAAGAAAGAAGGAAGGUAGCAAAAAACAAAAACCACCUUCAAUUUCUUGGUCACAUGACAGCUCUAACGAUGAGAUUUUAGAACCUCCAAAGGAAAAGAAAAGAAAAACUAAAUGUUUCAUUUCCAAAAGAGCGACUGCAUCAAUUGAAAAUAUAAAACCUAAAAAAGCCACUGAUAUUUGUAAUGAUCUUCUGGCUGAGUGGGAUGAUACAGAUGACGAAUUGGAAUUGGACAGUACUUUUGACAUGACUACAUCUAGUAUAGAAAAUGAUAACGAUAAUAAAGAUGAAACCAAUGAAGUUACUAAGAAUGGCGAAAAUACUGAUAAAAGUGACGUGGAGACAGAAAUAAUAGAAAAUUUGGAGAAAGAUGAUUGUGCAGAAAUUUCUGAUCAAAGUAUUCAAGAAGAACAAGAAUCAAAAGAAACUUCCAAAUCUGCAAUGGAUCAAGAAACUCAAGAGGCUAUAAAAUCUUGCUUUGAUUUUGAAGAAGACGAAGAAGAAGAAUUGAUAAACACAACUGUUCAAGAAGGUAGAAAAAUACCUCGAGUAAUACCGCCUACAGAAAAAAGAAAAUCCGAAAUACUUGAUGAUAUCAUUGACUUGGAAGAGGGAAUUAAUAAAGAUGAGAUACUAAAAGUGAGUCAAAGCUUCAAUGAAAAAAAAUCUGAUGAUCUCGAAUUGGAGAAUGUUUUUAAAGAAUUCAUGGAUGAAGUAUCAGUUCCAAAAUUACCUGACGUAAAGACCAACUUAAAACCUACACAAAAUUUUCACUGUGUCAAGACAAUAAAAUUUCCAGAUAAGUUAGACGAUUCGCCAAAUAAGGAUCGCGGCAAAAAAGAGACAGAUACUUCUUCUAAAUUGAUAAACCCCAAAAAAAGGUUCGUGAAAAGCUUCGAAGAUUUUGAAAAUCAACUCCAUAGAGAGGAAAUUAAACGUAAAGAAGAAGCCGAAUUGCAAAGGAAAAUAAGAAAACAAAGCUUACUUCAACCAGCACAGCAUGAGCAAACCGAAGAAGACAAGGAGUCCAACAGCACCAACAUUAAUAUAAGUCACUUACAGUGUUCAAUAAUGUCAAAAAUUAUUGAUGAAAUUAACAUUAGUGAUGAAUCUAAGCAGACGAUAAUGUCAAACAUCCAUAAGAAGAAAACACCGCGUGGUAAAAUCUUAGAUUCAUAUCUUAGUGAUUCAGCAUCACAAUCAAUAGAUAAAAAUGACCAAGCCGAUAACAAGGAGGCUACAAAUGAUACUAAUCAAGUUGCAACAUUAAAAACUGAUGAUAAAAUCUUAUCAAGCACUAGUAGAGAUCCAUAUAUACCAGAUGUGAACAAAAUAGGGCAAUCCCAGGAAGAAGAAAUCAAUAAUUUAUCAAUAAAUGAAUCUGAUUUGCAUAAACAAUCUAGAUCCCCUACUUUUUUAGAUAAUACUGUUGCCGAUGAAAGUAUUCCCCAAGGGAUAGAAACAGAAAGUUACAUAAAACCAGCGUCGAUACUUGAUUCGCCUGUAGAAACUAAACUAACUGACCAUAAUCCCAUAGAAACUUUUAAAAUGAAAAUAAAUAAAAAGUUGCGUAAAAGAAGUUAUAAUGUUGACAAAGGCGCUAUAGAUGAUCAAAGUAAAUGUAGAAAAACCCGACAUUCAUUAGAAGAAUCUACAAAUACCGAUUAUACUUGUUUUGAUAAACAUAAAUCAACAACUGAACAAACAAUACGAAAGUUGAGUUCCCGACUUUCGUUACCUGAAUCACAAGCAUAUAGUGCAUCGAACAAGGAACAAGAUACUGGGAAAGAUUUAGGUAAAGGUUUAGAGAAGGGCCCAGAUGACUUAAUCGGUACUAAAAAUUGUGACGAAAACAAUGAUACAUCUAAAAGAGUUGAAGCUAUGUCAGAAGAUUUAUGUACUGAAAAGUAUAUAGAUAAGGAUAAAGAUAACGAUGAAAAAACAGGACAGUGUCGACCUACAACUGUAGGAAAGUGCCAUGAAAUAACAGAAUCUAUUGCAUCUAACAGUAAAGAAGACAAAACUUCCAUUGAAAAACCCGUUGAAUUAGAAUUAGUUAAAACUAGAACGGGUAAAAAAGAAAAAAUGAUGGGUCAAAUAGUGCGAAAAAGAAGUACUCGAAAUUCUUCAAAAGACAUUGUUAUAACCAAAGAUGAUACAAAUUAUAAAACUACAUAUCAAAACAUGUCAGAAACGACAAUAACAGAACCUCUAUCCAUUGAUGCAGAAGCAAUUGAAGAUGAUGAAAAUAAAGACAUCAUUUGCAAAUCUUUACGUAAAAAAAGUUUAUCCACAAAACAUAAAUCAGAAGGAAAUCGCGAGGAAAUGAAAGAUAAUAAAAACGAAAAAACUGAUGAUAAAAUAGAUGAUAUCAAAGAAGUUAUAACGAAAUGUGGAGAAACUACGUUUACACAUUCAGAAUCUAAAAUGAACGAAGAAAUUGAUGAUAAAGGUAAACAUAAACGAAGAUCUAGACGCUCUUUAUCAGGUAAACUUGGUUCUUCUAGAUAUUCUUCGACUGAAAAACAUGAUAUUCCACCAAAAAUAAUUACAGCUGACACAUUGACUGAUGAAUUAGAGGUAGCUGUGACCAAAGAUAAUGGAAACCAAGACCCAAAUGAAACUAUGCUUAAAAGUGAGAAACUUUGCGAAUUAGAAGCUGAAAAAGUUUUUCCAGAAAAACUAGUGGCGUUGGAUAUAGAUGAUGAAAAAGAGCAGAUUGUGGAUGAGACUGGGAAUAAGCAAAAGUCUUCACACAGAGUAAGCGAUCAUUUAUCUGAAGAAGAACUUGGAAUUGGUUCUUCAAAUGAAGAAUGUAGCUCCGCAGUGACUAUAAGUGAAAGUUUGAUCGAUGAUACAGAAGAUAUUCAUAAACAUGGACAAAUUGUAGAUACACUUUUGGAUAUAAGCGGUACACAUUCUUCACCAGAAAAAUAUCAUGCAGCAGAUGAAGUUAGAGAAGUUUUACCUAAAGGAGAUGUGACUAGCGAUGACAUUGCCACUACAGAUAAAGAACUUCCUCAGCGCAAACGAGGUUCCAGACACUUUUCUACUGGAAAGUAUCGCUCAUUGAAAACAAAUAAACCCGAAGGAGAAAACUCAAUAAAAGAUUAUGGUGAAGAAGUGACAGCUAAAAUUAUAAAUAAAAGGAGUUCAAGAUCUGGAAAGCACGAUGUUUUACCACCAGCCAACAUUGUUGAGCGCUUAUCUGAUGAAUUAGAAGUAGCUGUAACCAAAGUUAAGAAAAAUGAACAAUUUAUAGAACGAACAAUGCCCAAAAGGAAGUGUAGACAAUCUUCCUCAGAAAAAUAUAGUAAACCAGAAACGACAAGACACUUGCCUGUUGAGGUAGUAGAAACUAAAGAUCCCAAGAAUGAACAAAUUGCAUUCAAUCUAUCUGUGCAUUCAACUAAAACACAUCUUUCUGGUCAUAAAAAGGAAGAUGAAGAAAUUGUAGACAAAACUUCACGUAGACGAAGUUCUAGAUACACUGGAAAGCAGAAUACAAUUGAAACAAAAACAAGGAACAAAUUCCCUCAUACAACUGAAGCUGUUGAAGAAACUACUGUGAGUGAAAAAAAUUCCUCUCAAUUUCCAUCAGACACUAAAACAGAAGAAGAUUUACCUGGUAAAGGCGAGGUAAAAGAAAAGGAAAGUGAAGGUAUUACUAAAAAAGUUCUCAAACAUAAACAUGUUGCAGAUAGAACUAUGCCCAAAAGAAGUUGUAGAAAAUCUUCAUUGGAAAAACAUUGCAGAACAGAAAUCACAAAAACUGAAUGCACACCAGAUGAGUUUUCCAAUUCCAAAGAUGAUAAAAAUGUAAUUGCAAGUAAACAAUCUUUAUAUGAAUCAAAAAUAGAAGAUUUACCACAAGAUAUAGACAUUAAUGUGACUAAAGAUGAAGAAAUUGUAGAAAAAAUUGUACCCAAACGGAGCUCUAGACAUUCUUCAUCCAGAAAAUACCGUGUCCCAAAAGUUGAUGAUAUCAAGAAUGAUAAUGAUAGAACUGCUGAAAAAAUUGAGUUGAAACAGAGUUUAGAAAUUGAUAAUGUGUUACCCCAAGUAAACAUAGCUGAAAAUUUGCUAGAAGUUUCUGAUCAGUUAUCUUCUGAAAAACAAGCUCCAUUAGAUACUGCAAGUACUGAACAAUCACCUACGGAAGUAGAAGAAUCAUCAAUCAUUACUAAAGAUAAUACAUACAUUACAGAAUCAAAUUCCAGUUGCUCGUCAGCUGAAACUGAAAUUGAACAAUUACCUGAUUUAACAACUGCCAAAGAUGAAAUAACUUCAUUUAAAACCUCACGUAAACGAAAUUCUAAACAAUCUUCUGGAAAGCAUCAUACAAGAACAAAAGUAACCAAACAUUUACCCGAUGAAUUUAGAGAUAUUACUGAUAAAACUGGGUCUAAAAAAAGCUCACCUGAAAAAUAUGAUUCUCUACAGGGUGAAAAUUUGCCUAGUGAAAAAGAAGUUGUUACACCUACGGAUCAUAAUGAACAGAUCGGAGACACACAAAAUUCUAGUCAAGCUGAAAAUAAAAUAUCUGUCAAUGCAGAUGUAACUUCAACUAAUGAUGGAGGAAUUACAGACAAUAAUUUGAUUAUAUUGGAACCAAAAAAAACUGAACUUUUGUCCAUUGAUACAUCAGAAAGCUCCUUGUCACCACAAAAUAAUGCAGUGGAACAUUUAUCUGACAAAAAAGAUGUGAAUGAAAUACUACAUGAAACUAAUUUUGAAAAAAAAUCAUUAGAGAAGGAACAUAUAAUAGAAGCUACAAUAGAAAUACCUGUACAAGAAGAUGAUAUAGCAGAGAAGAUAGAUAAUGAAGAUGAAAAAAUUGCGGAAGAAUCUGAAGUUUCACAAUGUGCAUCUGUAAUCAGACUAGAACAUUCUCCAGAUGAAGUUGUUAUACCUACAGUUUAUAAAAAUGAAGAACAUUUGAUCUCAGAAACUCAAGUUGCAUUUGAAUUCAAAGUAAUGGAAGCUAAAUCAGAAGAACUGGUGACUACACAUGGUACAUGUGAUGAAAUUGAGAAUAAAACAGAUACUGUAGAAGAAACUGAGUUGAAAGGCUUAAGUCUUGAAAGAAAAGAAACAGUUACAAGUUUACCAAGAAUGCAGGAUUUGACAUAUAAAGUACAAAUUGAAAGUGAAGGCGAGAAACAAAAAGUAAAAGCAGAAGAUUACUCUUCUAAAAAAACUAGAUACAAAGGAAAAUUUCGACAUUUAUCUUUAGAAAAUAAAGUGUCCGAUCAACCACAUCAAAUAGUUGACACUAUUCCAAACAAAGAAGGACAAGAUACGGAAGUUAAUACUCAACAAGAAACGCAUAAUCACCAAUCUGAUGUUGAUAAAAUCAUUAUAAUCGAAAAAGAAAAUAGUUCAAUUGAAGACAUUGCGAAGUCUAAUCUCUCAGAUGUUGAAACAGUAAGAGCUGAAAUUAUAGAGGAUAAUAAUACUCCAAAAAAUGCAGAUAAACAUUUUGAUAAUCAAACAAUUACCCAUAGUUCUUCUGAGCACCAACAAAUAAUUGAUAUCAAACAAACAAUCAUUGAAACAACUGAUACUUGUCAUAGUGGUGAUAAACUACAAGAAAUCUCCCGGCAAGAACCCAAAGUACAUAACUCUGAAGAAGAAAUAUCUGUAAAAAUAGAUGAUAAUAAAGGUUCAGUUAUUAGUGAACCAAAUUUAAAAACCAAACAAGAAUCUAUUGAAUUGAAACCAUCAAGUGUUGAUGUACAAAAACCCUCUACUACACUGAAAGAAUCCCAGUCCUCUGAUACAAGCGUUCACAGAGUAGUUUCAUCAGCAUCAGCUGAAAACAAGAGUGAUCUAAUUGCAGCAUUCGAGAAACGUGAAAAAUUGAGACUUCCUUUUAAAAAAGGCAGAUGGUCUAUAAGAACAAGCCAUCCUAAAAAGUAUAGAAGUAUAGGAAUUACUUCAACCUUCCAAACAUCACCAUCACUAAAAAUCAGCCCACAUUCUCAAUCAAAAUCAGAAACCGGUGAGGGAUCUCAACGCAAACCUACAGUCAAAGAUGUUUUUACAGAAGACAAAAGUGAAAUAAAAAAAGAUAUUCCCACUGAAGACUCAAGCAAAACACGAGAUGAAUCUAUUUGUGGUUCAUCUUUUGCUAAAUUACAAGUAAAUACUCCCGAAGAAUUACCUUCUACAAAGGAUGAGAUCAAAUCAACUGACAAUGAAAUUACUGUUGAAAAUGUGGAACAUCUUAAAGUCGAAGAUAUUUCAAAAAAUUACGGAACAUCAGUUGAGAAGAUCGAAGGAAUGAUUCAUACAGAACCAAUUCUAGAUGAACAACUAAAUGAGGUGUCCAAAGAUUAUCAUUGUGCCAUGAAAAAGAGUGAGGAUGUAGUCGUUACUGAAUUUAAUACAGACCCAGAACAAACCAUUUCUAAUUCUUUUAUUCGUACUGAUAAAUCAUUGUCAAACAUUUCUGAAACAAAAAGUGCAUCAGAGUCAAGUAAAAUUGAUGAAUCCAAAGAGAUCCAACAUGCAAAUAUCCUUGAUUUAAAUACUUCACAAUUUUCGGUACUAUGUUCCCAAAGUGAAGAAUUUUCUGUAGGAAACACGAGCUUGGAACUCCCCGAAGACGCUAUCUAUGAACCUUCAACUACAUUUAGUACACGAACAAAAACUGGAAAGUUAUUAGAAGACAGUUAUAAGAAAAAACAAACACGAAAUGAAGGAUACAGUGACAAAAAUUUAGAAGAAAAAACUAUUGCAGCAGAAGAAAUUGGGGAAGAUGUAACUAUAAUAACAACUGAAUCCAUAACAAAUGAUGAGUUUCAAACAUUCAAUCAGGAAAUCGUUAACGAUAGUUCUAUAGAAGCUGUCGAAGAGGAAACUAUAUUUGAGGUUACCAUAGAAGAUUCUGUUCAUAAUGAAGAAAAAUUGGAAGAAAGUUCUUUUGAAGAAAGUAAAAAUGCAGAUAAUGACAAUCAAGCGCUUAUAAUGAGCAACGAUUCAAUUUUAACAGAAACUGAAGAAUCAGCGGUCAGCCAAGUCAAAUCCUCAAGUUUAGUAGAGUUGGAAGCUCUACAAGAAUCUGUAACAAUGGAAUCUAAUGAAUCAAAGGAUACAUAUAAGAAUGCUGAAGAAUCAAUAUUAACAGAAGUAACUGUUGAUGAUCAUGUUUCGAUUAAAGAACAAACAAAUUUAUUUGAUUCUGCAACAAUUUUCUCGUAUGAAUGUAGUAAGGAUUCAGAGAAAACUAAACAAAAUGAUUUUGAAGAGUACAGAACAAAAAUUGGCAAUUUGUUCGAAAAAUCAAUGCAAGACAGAAAAGGUAGUAAUACUGAUAAAACAGUUACUGACGACGAUAAAGAUAAUAUUGAAUCGAAAAAAUGUAUCACAUUUGAUAUGCCAGCAGAUGAUGAAGAUGAAAAAUUGACGGAUUUAGUCAGUGAUAUUGUUCAAAAAUUAAAUCGAGACGAAUCCGAUAAAAAUCAAGAAGAAUUGGAUAUGGAGCUAGAGGAAGAAAUGCAUUUAACCCCAAAAAGUCCUAAGAAAAUCCAUGUGGCUUCUUUGCAACUUCCAGCUGAUAUUUCUAAGGGUGAAUCUGAUGCCAUUAGAGAAAAUUCCAAAACUGAAAGUGUAGAUAAAAGCGGGGAAAAAUCAAAAGAUAUGGAUAACCAAGAUGAAAAAGUUUCUAAUGAAGUGGAAAUUUUUUGUGCCAGUAAUUCGAGCGAUUCUUUCAAAUUUUGCAUACAAACGAAUCUUUCAAAUUUGUCUAAAAGCGAAGAAAUUUCCGCUAUAGCUCUAGCAACUUUAUCAGAAGUAAAAACGGAUGUGGAAGUUAAAAGCAAUACAACAGAGGAAAUCGUACCAAAAGUAGAUCUGCCGUCUCCCGAAAAACUAUCGGAUACAGAAAUGGCUGCAAUUGAAGGAAAUUUGACUGUUAUGUCAGAAAAAGAUUUAGCAGACGCACAAGUUGAAAUAACCAGUGAAAAGGUUAUAAGUAGUAAAAAAUCCAUUAUGUUGUCUAGUUUAUCGAUGGAUUUUUCUGAAUCAACAAGCACAAACAGCGACAAGGUCAGUAAUGAAGGACCGAAUGAACCACGUAAACAUAAGGAAAUUGAUUCUAAAGGAACAGAAUUCACUUCAAAGGCUAUCACUAAAGAAUACAAACCGAAAAUACUUUCCAAAAAAAUCAAUACUUAUAACCAGUGCGAGUUAUUGAAUAUUUUAGAAGGAAAUUCCGAGGUCGAGAAAAAAGUGGUAGAGUUUCAGACGCAGGCAAAAAGCUUUACAGGCGAUAUAUGCGACUUUGAAGAACAUAUACCCUCACAAAUAGUUUGUACUAAACAGUUCAAGCAAGAUUUGGAUGACGAAUUUAAAAAGAAAGAUAAAAGCUCCGUUAUAUCGACAACAUCUAAACUAUUAGAAAGACUCAACGAAAUAAAAACAGAUACAAAAAAAGAAGCCUCCAGUGAAACAGUAACAAAGAAUAUCAAACAAAAACCUAAAUUAAAACCGAUUAUCUUAUCAGAACAGAUUAUCAAACCAGCCUCUGAUCCCAAGAAAAUCAUACCUCCAUCAAAUAAUGUCGUUAACGAUAUUGAAGAUGUGGAGGCCUUUAUAAUUCGCAAGGAUAUUAAGAAGUACGUAGAAGUAGAUGAAACCGCUCAAAGUCCAAAACAAAUUCGAAAACCACGUCAAAAAACGCUUGGCAAGGCGAAUAUUUUGCAUGAAACCAUCAUCACUCCUGCUGGUGAAAUUAUACAACCAGCCGCCAGUCUGCAGAAGGUGAAAACUGUUGUUGUCAAUGCUCCACCGUCCAGCACCAGUACACGAACACCUGCAGAUAUUUCAUUGGAAUCCAGUAAGACGUCAAAAUCAGCUACAACUACCGACGUUACUAGUCAAGACGACAACGUGUUUGACAUAUUCAAUAUGCCAAUUGUUCUGUCAGAUCAAAUAUUGACUCCAGAAAGUAUAGAAAACAUGCCGAUAGUCAUAGAAAAUAAUACUCCGGUAAAUAAACCUAAACAAACCCCACAACCAACAAAGAUAAUACCGAAUAAAGUUUUAACAAAAAUUGUGCCGACUGGAAAGUCGACUGUAAUAGCAACAAGAAGUACUAAUGUCUCACCGAAAUUUACCAAACCGAGGUUGUUACAAACAGUAUCGAAACCCGGGCUAUCAGUCACUCCUAAUAUUUUAUCACGUUCAAAACCUGGAAAAUACAUACUUGUUUCACAGAGUUCAGGUAUAGCGCCACAAGUGAAAAAAACCAUAAUUAAAAAGACUUCAUUACCUUCUAAUAUCCCAUCCAAAAUUACUGGCACAACUGAAGGAACUGGGCACAAAAUAAUGGUUGUGACUAACCAACAAGGACAACAACAAAGGCUACUACUCACUCCAGCCCAACAAAAAGUAUUGGGAUAUCAGUCUCCAGUACUUCCAAAGGUGGAAAAAUCUGUAAUAAAACCUGAGCUGGUACAAAAAACCGUUACACUUCCAACUCUAAAACCUGAAAUUAGCAAUAUAAAAUCGACAAGUUCACAAAAAAUCAUUACUACUGCUGGUCAAAUUAUUACCGGAGCAGCUACACCCAGGCCAAUGAAGUCAGUUGUAAAAAGAACAACAACAUCCUCCCUGCCUACUCAAAAAGCUACAAGUACCAAAACUACUAAAACGAUUUUGAUUACCAACAAGCACGGACAAACGAUAAAGAAAAUUGCUACAACUGAAGACGAUAUUGAUAAGCAGGUUGCUGAACAAUUAGAAGCUAUUAAGGCCAGAAGCGGAAUGCAUUUCAGCUCUCAGUCGAAAUCGGAAUCUGUUCCACAUAAAUUAUUACAGAAAUCGCCUGUCCGCAAAUCUUACAAUAGAAAACAAGAUUCGAAGUUUAAAACAAUUCCAGUUUCAACAAAAAGUGAUAAUUCAUCUAUUCUUACUGCUACUACAUCAAAGAAAGUCACCCCUCAAGUACCGGAAACGAAAAAAGUGGUUCAAGAAGAACCUAAACCUCAAAUCGAACGACCGCUAAAUCAAUUGGUCAUCCAAGAUGCUCUCGGUAACCAAACAACAAUAACUGAAGGACAAAUAUUAGCAUUACCUAGUGAAACUGUUGAUGGUCAACCACAAUCGUAUAUGUUAGUUACCUUAGAUCAGACCGGUAAUUUGACACCUCUGAAUAACGAGGCACUUAUGUCAUUAGAUCCUAACCUCGGAUUAGGAGGAGAUUUGAAUAACAUCGUCUUACAAAUAGAUCAAGGAGCUUUAGCAGGGAAUAUUAACCAACCGACACCUCUGGCUCAACCGGCUACCGUUAAGAUCACCAAUCCAGGAGAAGAAUUACAAGCAGGUACCUCCAAAAUCGAAAUUCCUCGUGAAACAAUUCCUUUAUCAUUGCCCGUCGCCAAUGAAGUAGUAUCCACAGUUGAACAAAAAAUAGAAGAGAGUAUCAUGGUUGCCCCAACGGAGGCUUCAGUUAAUAUAGUUUCCAAUUCGAAUGGGGAACAGGGUCAACAACUAAUAGUCACCGGUGAUCCCAUAGCUACACAAAAAUUCUUAGAAUCGUUAUCGGAAGGUACGACCGAUUUGGCAAACAUAAUAGCCAAUGCCGAAGGAAAGAGUAUUUUAAUACAAACGGACGGACAACAAAUAUUGAUCAAUACGAAUACUGAUAGUCAGAUGCUGACUAAUAUCGUAGAAAGUACGGAAGGAAACGGAAAUCCUGUAUUCGCGACACAACCUAACAAAAACACCGAUAUUCUUGCCGCCGCGUUGGCGGAUACUGACGUUUUUCCUACGCAAUCCAAAGUAGGUUCACAAUUAAGUCCUAACCAUGCUUUAUACCCCAUAAACGUUGGUAACGUACUCGAAACAAGCUUAACUUUGAAUUCACCGAUUAUGACACCUCUGGAAGUACCAAGCUCGAAUAAUAAAAAAAUUCCAGAUGACGAAGCCGAUAUUUUAACACAAGUUCCUAAAAACGUCGAUCUACCGAUCACCAUUACAGAUCCAAACAUAUCACAAACCGUCGCGAAUCAACAGGUAGCUACUCUAAUUGGCAACGAAUUUCAAGCAAACCUAGAACUAGGUUUAAGUAUUCCGGAAGUAACAAUAGCGGCAGUUUCGACGGGAUUAAAUAGCCCCGGUUACAAUUAUUCGUUAUCAACUCUAGACGACAACGAUAUAUCCCACAAACCGUUCAAUAGUAGUAUGCCUUUGCUCAACGACGACGUCGACGAUAGUUUAUCAGGCAAGAAAUGCGAAAAGGACGAUCACAAAAGUCAACAACACAUAAGCGCCGGAAGCUUUUUGGUAGAGGAAAGCAGAUUUACCUUGGGAGGAUCGAUGUGUAGCUCUCUAAGUGAACCACCACCGGAAAUGUUCGAUAUACCCGAUAACACAUUCGGCGAAAAAAAUGCUAAUAACAUUCCCCUUUCAUUGCAAAGCACGCCGGACCCGAAAGAUGACGACGGAUCAAUUCAAACGGAAAGUUCUAGUGAGGGAUCGUGCGAAAUUCCCCUACAACCGAAAAUCGUUGCAAAAUCGGCGGAUCUGAACGACAUUUAAUAGCGAAGAUUUAAUGUCAUAAUAAGGGUUUAACUUUUUUUUUAAAAGUAUUUUAGAAUGCUAUAUAAUGAUGUAGUGAUAGAAUCAACGGAUUGAAAUGAUAUGAUAUGAUGGAAUCAGAUUCUUCCAAAUAAUGUGCAAUAUCUGAAUCAUUCAUGUGGUGAUUCUUUUGCAGCUGUCUUAUUGUUUGACAUUUGCCUUUAAAGCCACAUUAAUUUUAGCUAUAUUCACUAUUUUUAUUUCAGUAUACUUAUGUAACCAAUAUUUGACAUCGCCGUACGACGAAUUUCGAAAUACUGAAUACACCACUUUCUACCAUUAUACCAACACUUAGAAUUUACACAAUUAUUCAGUUUUCCAUAGGUUCCUACUUUAUAUCCGGCUCGAAGGACCAGAAGACAGAGUAAUUUGUGGAAAUUAGUGUAAUGGUAGUCUACUGCGUGUUUGGUAUAAAGUAAAUGGUUCCAAAACUUGAAAUUGAUUAAUUUUGGAAAUUGAACUUGACUUUUUUUAUUUCACUUUUAUUUUGUCCAGUCUCCAGCGCACAUUAUAAUUUUUUUUUUAUCUCUUUUUUACCUCGACUUUAUUGUUUUACUUCAAGGUGGGGUGUAGUAACUUCUUUAUUUUCAAAAAUUAUAACAAAAAGAGUAUUGGUAAUAUCUAUUCCACUAUUUUUCAAAUUAAACAUUUUUUUCGGUUAGUAGAAACUCCUAUUAUGCUGAUAGAGAAUUGAUUGUAACUGCCCUUCAUAAAACCAUGGACUAAUUAUAGUUAUUGCACACUAAACAGUCACACGAUUUAUACGAGGCGACUGCUAAUGUAGUUUAAUCGCGUUUGCGAGUCUCUGAAAUCUCAGUUUUUGUUUGUUGUCAUUGGAGUAAAUAAGGGCGUCCUGCGAAAGGUUUUGGAAUAAAGUGAAAAAAGUGAGUUCUACAUAAAGGAUUGUUCCGGCUAGAAAUUGAUUAAGCAGCCACAGAUUUCCUAGGGUAUGUCAAGAGUUGCUUCCCUCACGUUUUCGAUGUUUUCAAUCGUCCUUACUGUUCUGGAAAGACCAUUAUUUUUACUACUAUGGCUAAAACCACAAACGAAUCAAUUUUCGAUCUGAAAACGACGCGGCUUAAAAUUUUUUCUCAAUGCACGUUGAGUUGCUAUGAUGGAACAGCUUCCAAAGUCAACGUGUGCUCUUGAUUUGCCAUUGAAUUGGUGACAGUGAACUAGUAUAAAUAAAAACCAUAGGUAAUGUGCUUCGGAACAAGCUAUAUGCACUGAAGUUCUAAUAUGACCACAUGGGGACGCGAGUUUCCAAUAAGGAAGUAACGACACUACACCUUGUUAAUUUGAUUUUUUGCAGGAGUUAAAUGCUUAAAUCACUACUUCAUGUUUGUAUAGUCUAAACUACUGUUAAAAUUAUGGUUUUGUUUAUAAACUUCAACCUUCAAUUCGACUGAAAUUACUUUUUUUGUAAAUAAAACUUGUAUAGCAUAUAUAUAUAGAAUUUGCUAAUCGUGAAUCUUUAUAAUUUUUGUUUGGUUUAUAUUAUUAUAUUUGUAUAUAAUUCAUUGUUAUGUACAAUUUUGUACAUAAAAGGCUUUUAUUAGUGAUUUUUUGAUAUACUAUUAUAGGUAUUCACUUAAGCACGUCAAAGUUAAUGUUAACGUAAUAGUUAAUGUAUAACUUAUAGAAAUGAAUAUAUGUGUCUGCCCUAUUGUGUGAUGAACUUUUUCUUUUUUUGUAAGUUAUCAAAAAUCCAAAAUUUCAAUAAAUAUAUAUAUUUUAGCGUAAGAUUAUAGAAAUAUCGUUUAAAUAUUAUAAAUUGUAUGAUUUUAUUAAAAAAGUCAUAUUUAAUA